GCCUAUGCAGCCGUGUCCGCGAAUCUUUCGCCGUCAAGAUCAGGGUCGACAGCAGAGAUACCGCAACUUAGUCAUCGGGGUUCCUUUCCUUCUUCGCCAACUUCUGAGGAAUCGGAACGCUGGGUACGCCUCACUUGCCCGCGAACUUUCAUCGUCAAGGUCAAGACCAACAGCAGAGAUACCGCGACUUGGAAGUGGCUCCUCGUCGGUGGUUGUCUUAGACAACACGCUCGCUGACAAGUGUAAACAGGAGUGUACGUUGGAGAGAGUGGUCAAAAUCUCGAGGCUGGACGUGGAGCACCGAGAGAUGAGUAGGAGGAAGGCCGAGCAGUGCGCCGCGGAAUUUGGAGCAGGCCUUCGACGUGGAGGAUAGGGGUGAAGGACGGGGAGCGGCCAAGAACUCGAAGCUGGACUUUGAGCUCGGGGAGAAUCGUUACGGACGCGGAGAUAGGUGUCGGACUCCAUCAGGUACAUAGUCACGGACUCGGAGAUGUCGAUGGACUCCAUAGAGACAAAGCAACGGUCUUCGUUGUACGAGAGUAACAGUCGGUGGUAGCUGUACGGUCGAGCUGGUACUUGAUCAAACACUACCGAUUCUUCCUGGC